GGAGUUAUUUGUUUAAUGCAGAUGUUUGUAAAUAUAUAUGUGUAAAUAGUAAUGUACAUUUGACCUCAUUUGGGUGAAGUAGGUUUUUGCAAAUUGAUAGAGACCCUACAUGUAUUUUCAAACAUGGAUUUAGCAGGUCUUAUGGCAGCUGGUAAAGAGUUUGGGUUAACUGGUGAGGCUCUUAAAAAGUUUGUAUCAGAUGAACAGAAAAAGCAAAGAGAUGAGAGAGCUGAGUUGUUGGAGUUAAAGAAACGAGAAAAAGAAACAGCAGAAAUACAGCUAGAAAUAGAGCGUGAAAAGAAUGUAAAAGGUGAAUCAAAAUCUGUAGGCCAGAGAGCCUGGUCUCCCAAACUACCGCCUUUUCAUGAGGACAAAGAUAAUAUUGAUGCAUACUUGCAGCGAUUUGAGCGUUAUGCAGACACCCAAAAUUGGCCGCGCGCUGAUUGGGCGAUUAAUCUAAGCGCUUUGCUCACAGGAAAAGCUCUUGAUGUUCAUUCUAGAUUAACCAGUGACGAAGCUAAAGAUUAUAAGACAUUGAAAACUUCUCUUUUGAAAGCUUUUCAACUUACCUCAGAAGGAUUUCGUUCAAAGUUUUAUACAGGUAAACCAGUUAAUGGGGAAACCGCAUCACAAUAUUCAAACAGAUUAGAGAACUACCUUAACAGAUGGAUUGAACUCUCGGGCGUCAAGCAUGAUUUUGAUGACCUAAAGGAUCUUCUUCUUCGAGAACAUUUCAUCAACGGAUGCCAUCGUGACUUGUCAAUCUUCCUACGAGAACGACAGCCAAAGACUACAAAGGAUGCCAUGAAGUUCACAGAACAAUACCUAGAAGCACGAGGAGGUGUAUUCAGAGCGCCACCACCACAGAGGAACAUCCCUACAGGACAAACACAGCGAAUCAAUACAAGACAUGAAGGUAAAACAAAUACCCCUCAAAUACAUUCUAAGUCAUUCCCAAAGACAUGUUACAACUGUCAUCAAGAAGGUCACAUUUCUCGUAACUGUCCAAAACAAUCACAAAAACCACAAAUGACCAAGACUUGUUUUAUCUGUCACAGGCCAGGACACUUUGCUAACUCAUGUCCUUUCUCUCCAGUUAAAUCUGCAGGAUUCGUGAUCUCGGAAGAACCAGAGGAACCAGAGGAUAGACCUGCAACGGAAGCUGACCCUACUCAUUUACAAUCUGAUAACCCAGGGUAUAUUCCCCAUAACCCAUGUCGAUGUAUCUCUUGUAAUACACAGGUCAGACUUGAAGCUUCAUGCAUUAUGGUCCGAAUGCCAAACGAUACCCCUCACCUUAAAUCUAUGACAGAUUAUGACAAAUUUGGUUAUGAUAACAGUUUGCCCCUAAUGAGUGCAGCAUGCUCAAAUGAAAAUUUUGUCAAACGUAUGCCUGUUACCAAGGGACUUGUAAAUAACAAUGUAAUUUCCGUUCUCAGAGACAGCGGAAGCAGUGGUAUCAUCAUUAAACAAGAUCUUGUAAAACAAAGUCAAUUGACAGGUGAAGUUUGUACUUGUUUGCUAAUUGAUCGAUCAAUUAGAACUCUCCCCAUUGCAGUGAUCGAUAUCAACACACCUUUCUAUGUAGGUAAAGUUAGUGCUGUAUGUAUGAAAACUCCUCUCUAUGACCUUAUCUUAGGAAAUAUUCCAGGUGUGAGACCAGCAGAGCAACCAGAUCCACAAUGGACUCUACCAGAGACCGUCAUUCCAGUCUGCGCAGUACAGACAAGAGCACAAGUCCAACGAGAAGGCAAGCCAUUUCGUCCACUCAAGACUCCACAUCCAAUGGAAGAAGUUGUCAUCCCAUCAGUUCUCAAGGAAACACAACAGAAGGAUGAGACUCUACAUCGACUGAGAGAACUGGCUGAUGCUGGAACAGAGAAAGUAUCCUGAGGCGAUUCCACUCCCCAGCAUCGAAACAGAGAGGGUAGCAGAGGCUCUUGUAAGCGUCUUCACUAGGGUCGGGAUUCCAA